AUGGGGGUCUUACAUCCAGAUGCUUUCAAACUUACUGAUGCUGAUAAACAACAUUUUCUUGAACAUGGAUACAUCAAAGUAUCCGGGUGUUUCCCCCCCGAAGCAGCUGAAGAAUUUACGGCGAAUCUCUGGACUCGACUUGGUAUGUCGCCAACUGACAAGAGUACCUGGACUAAAGAACGCACCAACAUGCCAUAUCAUACCCACACACUAGCAGCCGAUUUUGCUCCCAAGGCGUGGAGCGCAAUUUGCCAAUUACUUGCUCCUGAAGACGGCGGCGAACAAGAAGGUGAUGAGCGUAUCAGCGGCGGAGAUGAUGAUAAAUGGCGAAGCUGGAGCGACGGCUUCAUAGUCAACCUUGGAACACCAGAGUCAGAAAAGAAAGACAUAGACAAUAUGGACGAAGACGCACGACUAAGAAACGCAGGAGUCUGGCACGUCGACGGAGAUUUUUUCGUCCAUUAUUUGGACAGUCCAGAACAAGCCCUCCUAGUCAUUCCACUCUUCACAGACAUACAAUCCAAAGGCGGCGCCACAUACGAAAACCCCGCCGGCCUAACCCCCUGGUUCAAACCCACUGACGACGCAACCGAAACCCGCGAAUUCUUCGAAGCCCUCUCGGCCGACAAAGACAAACUGCCUACCUCCUCGCUCGUCGAAGCGACGGGUAAAAUCGGCGACGUAUAUCUCAUGCACCCACUCACCCUGCAUUCCGCGUCUGAGAACCUGCUGCGUAUCCCACGGGUUAUUACGAAUCCGCCGGUGGUGCUGAGGGAGCCGUUUAAUUUUGAUAGGGAGGACGGACGGUAUAGUCUUGUGGAGAGGAAGACGUUGAGGGAGUUGGGGAUGGAGGGGGGGUUGAAAGGGUGGGCGAUUGAAGGGGGGAGGAGGGGGUGGGUUAGUGAGAGGAUGAAGAGGAUGGAGGGGGGAACGGAGGGAGGAGAGGGGAGAGGUUGGGGAGGGAAGGGGGAGUUGGAGUGGGUUGUGAUUGUUUUGGUGAGGAAAGAGAAGCUGGUAUUCACAGCUGUUGAAGAAGAUACAGCCAACUGA